CUGUGUGUAAGAAAGAGACACAGAGAGGAUAGGGACCAGCUGAAGACCACACCACGCGCAAAGGACCCCUCUUGGGCUGUUGGGGCAGUCUCGGAGGUCCCAGGCUCGUGAUUGCUGCAUGGGCCAGAGGAGGAUGAUGUCUGGUGUCUGCAAGACUAAGGAGGGGAAGACCUCCCCAUAGACACACACAGACACGCACACACACACACACACUCAUACACAUAACAUCGACUCAGGGAAACCCAACUUCUAACAGGUGCCAUUAUCAAAAAGCAUGUCAAGCACUGGAGCAUCAAACCUGGGCAAACGCCUGUCUUUGGAGAUGGAACAUGCGCAGAGGGUUCCGGACAUGGACGCCGGCCAGCACCUGAAGCUGAGGGAGAGGCAGCGCUUCUUUGAGGAGGUCCUCCAGCACGACGUGGAUGUCUACCUGUCCACAUCGCACCUCCAGAUAGACAACAAGAAACCUCCUAUGGGGAGUAUCUCAUCGAUGGAGGUGAAUGUGGACCUGCUGGAGCAGAUGGACCUGAUGGAUAUCUCCGAUCACGAGGCCCUGGACGUGUUCCUCAACUCUGGGAGUGACACAGGUCCGCUGGCCUCGCCCCUUCCAGACGUGUGCGAUGAAGAUGAUGAUGAUGAGGAUGAGAAUGAGCUGAUUUACAAGGAUGGAGUGGGCCCUCAGGGAUCCAUCAGGCGCCGCCCAGGUUCUAAGAACCGAGGGUCAUCCGGGUCCACAGGCUCCGCGGACCCAGACAGCCAGGACACAAGUGAGGGCGGGGAGGACACACCUGUCGUCCAAUCAGACGAGGAGGAGGUGCAGGUCGACACAUUCCUCUUCUCCUCCACGUCAUCAGGGAAGGAGGAGGAAGAGGAGGAGAAUGAGGAAUGAGAGAUUGCGAAUAGGUGUGACGGUUGUCCAACCACAGUUACCCGAGUGUGAGAAGGUCACGUGUGAUCCUCGUUAGAUUCCUCUCCUUCCCAAGAUGGUGUCGUCCAUUGCCAGUGUCUUCAGGGAAACGCCAAGGCCGACCUCAAAGGAACUGGUAGACGCCAUGCCCCCUUCUCCAAGUUGGCACUAUAUCAACCCUGUGGGGCAUAUUUGUCUACUCAUGCGGCAAGCUUUUUUAUAAUUCACUGUUACGCAAUGGCAAUUUUCAAUUUCCAAACAAACGACACCCUUCAACUGUCAUUUCAUUCUUGCAAUUUUAUUUUAAUUACACCUUGUUAUGGGUGUAACAUUUGACAACUAAACUGACGUUAUGGUCCACCAUUUAAUAUGUUGUUGUGGGAACUCAAAUUUCUAACAUGACUGGAUUUAGUACAUACCUCUAUUGAACCUAACGUCCUGUACGAAUAUGUCUACCUUUACACCCCUACUUCAUUCAGUGUCAUAUUAACGUUUUGUGGCCAGAGUUAAAAAAGAAAACAUGAAGAGAAGCAGAGUUAUGUGUGGUUAAUCAAUUAAGUGAUUUAUCAUUAAGUGGUUAAAUCUAUUAAUCAUCUUGAGUAGAUCCCGGUGUUGUAACAGCAAAACAAACAAACUGAAAUCCUUACGGGGAGAAGUCUAGACAGUAAUUUCUCAAUAUCCUUUCGUUCCCUUUUACUGAGACAUUGUUUGACUCUAAACAGGAACUCUCCUGACAUGACACGUGAGAUGAAGAAGAUUAUUUUCAAGGAGGGUUGCUGUCUGUUUCCCAUUUUUCCCAUCGGAAACCAACCACUGUACAGUACCUGAGCUUAGGAGGAAUUGAACAAAGUGAGGCAGUCCUUUGAGCCUGCAGGGUGGAAGGCAGAAAACCAGGUACUGUCUCAACUAGAGGGUGGCAAUCUGCUUGAAAGAGCUGAAAUGCCUUAAGGGCCGUUCACACCAAAGAUAAUAACUACAAUGAUAACGGAAAAAAAGUAUCGCUCUAACUAACUAAGUCCAUCCAUAAACUACAGUAUAGCAUCAGCAACAGGAUGAACGUAUUGUCAGGGUCACUUUCAUUUAUCAUUAUAGUUAUCAUUAUUGGUGUGAAUGACCCUUUACUUCUUUCAUUUUUCUUGGCCUUUCAGCCUCAGCCAGUGUUGUCUGUGAGCCACUGAUUUUUCAUUGAUUCACGUCCAUUUGCAUUGAAUCAUUACGCUCUGCAGGACUCAAAGCCAUUGCUUAUGAUGCCAUGACUUUACACAAAAUGACAUUACUCUCAAGACAUCUCUCUCUACUGUAUCUACAUGUACCUCUGUGAUUUUCCUAAUGAGCAUGGGUCUGAAUAGUAUCAUUAUUUGAAUGCAUGCCAUCGUGUAAGCAUUUCACGGAAGAAUAGUUUUCUUUGUAGUAUAUGAGUGCUUGAUGUGAAGCAUGUCACCUUGACAGAGUGGAGGGCGGUACUGAAGAUUCAUUCCAACAAAAAAAAAAAAGAAUUGGCAUGGAAAGUGGUUAGGUCAGAUUUUGCAGCUGAGAUACUGUGGUGUCAGAGGCAUGAGUUUAAGCCUAUACCUUCUGUUAUAAAAACUGUUUUUGUAUUGCUGUCUUUGUAAAUGUACAGUAUGUGUGCGUGUGAGUGUGUGAGUGUGUGUAUAUGUGUGUGUGUGUGUGUGUGUGUGUGUGUGUGUGUGUGUGUGUGUGUGUGUGUGUGUUCCCAAAAGCACACUGUGUGUAUGGUGUGUCGGUGUGAAACAAACCGGUUGUACGUUUCCCUCCCCACUAGGAUGAACAAAUAAACAUGUCCAUACAA